AAAUUCCACCAUUCCGGCCCGCGUUGUAGACAAACACCUACGUGGAACUAUAAAAUGGCUGCCACAGACAGCGGGUAAUGUGUAUCUGCACAACAAAUGCAAUUAGUAAACAAUUUGUGCGUUUCUUGCCAUUAUUCAAACUGUCGGUGAUUUGCACACAGCCGGUAUUGUAUAUGUUAAAGCACUUUGCAUCUUUGGAGGUUGUUUUACAUGCAGAAAACGUAGAAAGACUAAGCUGGAGUAAACGAACAGUAGGCCCGUUGCUGGGUAUCCGAAAUUCUCAGCUAAAACAUCUAGACAUAGUCAAGAAAACGUCACAUUAUGGCAUUUAAUGGAAUUCUCUAGAGUUCAGUCAGAUAUCGAGAGAAGGACAGUCCGCUGGUCCUUUGCAAUUACUUCUCGUUGCCGAGUUUUAUCAAUUUUGAGUAAGCUGCAUACGAUUGAUUGAGCUGUCAGAAUUUGACUAUUCUUCACCAACUUAUUAGAGAUAAACACUUCUAUAUUAAAAUAUAAUUGUUUCAUAUUAGCGGAAAAUUAAUGCAUGCCACAAACAUGAAGUUUAGAAGGAACAGGAUAAUUGUAGCAGGAUUAUUUUUUAUUUGGAUAGGAGGUAUGUACUUUUUUCUUGUCGGACAACACCACACUACUUUUGACUCCUCAAAGUCGAGAGAAGAGUAUAUACUUAGAGGAAGGAAGGUGAGACUGAAAGAGAAGCAAGGAGUUGUAAGUGACAGUAGGUCUGAACUGGGUGUACAAGACAUAGAUAAAAGGAAAAUAUCAGAUUUGAAUUCAGCAGCUUACGUAGAUGCGGAUAAAUUAAAGCCAGGCGAGGAUCCAUAUGGAAGAAAUGCGUAUAAUCAGAAAGAGAGUGACAUAUUACCAAUGGACAGAGAGGUACCAGAUGUAAGGGACCAAAAGUGCAAGAACAUUGUAUAUGACUUGAUUCUCCCAACAACUUCUGUGAUUAUUUGCUUCCACAAUGAAGGAAGAUCUGCUCUUCUUAGAACUGUAAUAAGUGUACUGAACAAAACCCCUGCUGAUCUUUUAUCUGAAAUUAUCAUGGUGGACGACUUCAGUAAUAAUCCUGAAGAUGGAAAAGAGCUUUUGAAGCUUCCCAAAGUGAAGUUGAUCAGAAAUGAAAAAAGAGAAGGUUUGAUCAGGUCACGUGUUAAAGGAGCAGAUAUUGCAAAAGGAGAAGUUCUAACGUUUUUAGAUAGCCAUUGUGAGUGUAAUCCAGACUGGAUUCAACCAUUAUUACAGAGGAUAAAACAUAACAAGAAGAUUGUCACCUCUCCGAUUAUUGAUGUUAUCAGUAUGGACAAUUUUCAAUAUCUGAGUUCAUCAUCAGAUCUCAGAGGAGGUUUCGGAUGGAAUCUGAACUUCAAAUGGGACUUUCUUCCGGCAAAUGCUCUCGCUGAACACCAAAGCGAUCCUUCUGCUCCUAUCAAGAGCCCUGUAAUUGCUGGUGGACUAUUUGCUAUUGACAAGAACUGGUUUUCAGAGCUCGGAAAAUAUGACAUGAACAUGGAUGUCUGGGGUGGCGAAAAUUUGGAAAUAUCCUUCAGAACUUGGCAAUGUGGAGGUAGAAUGGAAAUUAUUCCGUGUUCAAGAGUCGGUCACGUGUUCAGAAAUCGACACCCUUACAAAUUCCCUGGAGGAAGCAUGAAUGUAUUCCAAAAGAACACGCGAAGAGCUGCUGAAGUGUGGAUGGACGAGUAUAAAAGAUAUUAUUAUGCAGCCGUACCUUAUGCAAAAAAUUCACCUUACGGAGACAUCAGUGAACGGAUGAGGCUACGAAAACAACUAAAAUGCAAACCAUUUAAAUGGUAUGUGGAAAACGUCUAUCCCGAACUGAAAAUACCAACCGAUGAUACCAUAUCAUAUGGGUCAAUAAAGCAGGCGGAUAAAUGCAUCGAUACCCUUGGUCAUGGUGAAGGUCAAACCGUAGGGUAUUUCGAAUGUCAUGGUCAGGGUGGAAAUCAGGAGUGGUCUGUUACGAAAUCGAAACAACUCAAACAUGAAGGGUUAUGUCUCGCCAUCGUUCAAGCCUCAGAGGGUACCCCAGUCCAACUACUGCCCUGCAAUAAGGAUGACGAGAACCAAAAAUGGAAACACGAGGACAUGACGUCACAUUUACUUCACAUUCAGUCUAGCUUGUGUUUAGACAGCGUAGAGGCGCAAAGCGAUAAAGGGAUGGUGCUGAACAGAUGCGACCAAGGCUCGAUGACCCAGCAGUGGGUGAUGGACGUUACAAGUUUUGAUUCUAGAUGAAUAAGAAUUGAGUAAAUUUUUAUCUUUAUAAAUCUGUAAGUCCCAAUCCGUUACAUUAGAGAAUUGAUUUUACGUUAAAAUUGAAAAAUCGUUUAGAGUUGAUUUCCAUCCUUUUAGUCUCUGAUCUAGAUUAACUCUUUUUAUAUAUUGUAUUGAUAUGUUACUGUUUUUUCAGAAAAUAUCCCAAGUAAAAAUCAAAGGGAGACAAAUUUUCUCACGUCAGUAUCUUUUUUAGAAGAAAAACGCUCCUACUUUGUAAAUUGGCAAUCAAAUAAAAUCAUUUAAUGAUGCAAAAGUAUGGUGUACUAUAGAAAAUAUUUUCUCGUUGAAGUACAGUUGGACAGUCAAAAGAUUGUUUUACAUUUUAGUUAGCUGUUUUGACCAGUCUUGAAAUCGCUCAUUUUUAAUUUAGAAAUCGCUCUUGCAUCUUUCAGAUUGCAGUUUUAUGGAUGACUGGAUAAAAAUUAUUUGUAAAGAAUAACAAUCUGUCACAGACGCUCAAACUCUUUAACCAUUCAAAUUUUCCUUUUUAUAUAAAAAAUUUUCACCCAAAAUUAACAAUUUUCUGUAUUAUGCAGAUAAGCUCAAAGGUUGCCUGCCUGGAAACUGAAAGUUUUUGCCAAAAUUCAGGAAUGCCUUAUUGUGUAUCAACUAAUUUUCUUCAACUUUUUCAGUCCUUAGUUGAGUCAAAAAUUUCUCACAAAAAUUGACAAUUUUUACUAAAGGAGUAUGCCUAAAGAGGAGUAUAUGUUUUGUCAAAGAUUUUACCAAUCCAAACGCUGAACCAAAACAGGUAACAAACAUUUUCAGCAUGUUUUUAAGUUGAUGCUUUCGAGCACUUGAAUUGCUUUGAUGCUUUCGAGGACGAGCCAGACUUAGAAUCAUAAUUCUUUAAUCAUAUUUUGGAAGGACAUUAGUAUUCCUGAACCAUUUUUAGCAUGUGAUACAUUAGAUGUAUUUUUUCAUCUUCUUA